AGAACAAACUCAGUAUCUCCAGAAAAACUCUACCUCUCAGGCUUUCUUACUCUCCAAGAAUCUGCAAACCCAUUUCUUCCAUUUUAAAAACUCAAUCUUUAUCUUCAAUUUCAGAAUUUAAGGUUUAAAAUUGAAUUCAAAAACUGAUUAAAUAAAAUGGGAGGUUCAUCGGAAACAAGAUUUUUGCAAGAAUUAGUAUUAUACGCAGCCAGUGCAGCCCUAAGUUGUCUGGUAUUGUUCGCGGGGCUCCGACAUCUCGACCCGAACCGUGAAGCAUCUAAGAAGGCCCUUGAGCAGAAGAAGGAAAUCGCUAAGCGGUUGGGUCGCCCUCUUAUCCAGACUACUCCCUAUGAGGAUGUGAUAGCUUGUGAUGUGAUUAAUCCUGACCGUAUUGAUGUCGAAUUUGACUCUAUUGGAGGAUUGGAAACUAUUAAACAAGCUUUGUAUGAGUUGGUGAUUCUUCCGCUUCGAAGGCCUGAGCUCUUUUCGUACGGGAAGCUUCUUGGACCGCAAAAAGGGGUCUUGCUAUUUGGACCGCCGGGUACUGGUAAAACUAUGCUUGCCAAAGCUAUAGCGAAAGAGUCUGGAGCUGUUUUUAUCAAUGUUAAGAUCUCUAAUCUGAUGAGCAAGUGGUUUGGUGAUGCGCAAAAGCUUGUGGCUGCCGUUUUUAGCCUGGCUUAUAAACUUCAGCCUGCUAUCAUAUUUAUUGAUGAGGUUGACAGUUUCCUGGGUCAACGUCGCACAACUGAUCACGAGGCAUUAACAAAUAUGAAGACAGAGUUCAUGGCUUUGUGGGAUGGUUUUACCACUGACCAGAAUGCCCGAGUGAUGGUUCUUGCUGCAACUAAUCGCCCAUCCGAACUUGAUGAAGCAAUACUUCGGCGCCUACCCCAGGCCUUUGAGAUUGGGAUUCCUGAUCGCAAAUCUAGGGCUUCUAUAUUGAAGGUUAUAUUGAAGGAUGAGAGAGUAGAUGAGAACAUCGACUUUGAUUAUAUUGCUGGCUUAUGUGAGGGUUACACCGGCUCUGAUCUUCUUGAACUCUGCAAGAAAGCGGCUUACUUUGCUAUCAGGGAUUUACUGGAUGAGGAGAAGAAGGGGAAAUUAUGCAGUGCACCAAGGCCAUUGACUCAAAAAGAUAUGGAGAAAGUUCUUGCUACAUCAACUAAGACAAGGAUUGCUGCAAGUGAGUAUACUAGAUCAACGUCCCAACCUGCUGGAUGGUCUCGACAGUCAGACGAUUACCAGGAGAAAACCGAAGAAAACCAAGCCGAGUAGGAAGCAUUUUUAUACAUGGAAACACACUGAUAAUUAGACAAUCAUAAGAAGAAUGCAUCAUUAUUAUGGGUGAGUUAAUCCUUGUUCUUUUAGAUUUGGAGCUUCAUGUAGUUUAAGAGAAUUAUUUUCUCUAGGAUCAUGGCUAAGGAAUGAUCAUCUUAGCAUGUGAUUUUGUGUCAAUUGAAUCAAACGAAAGGCGGUGAUUCAGUUGUUCAUUUAUUGGAUCUUUGAAGAAUCAUUGAUACAAAGGCUGUGUUUGGCAUACAAAUGUAAAGAAGAAAUAUCAAAAUGGAUGUGUUCAAGUUUUA